GUAGUGUAUGCCGCCAUGACGGCAGGGUCGCGCGCCCCAUUGCUCAUCAUCGCACUAUUUGCAGCACUUUAUUCAGGAUGGUGUUCCGAGGACGAAGAGCGACUUGUCCGAGAUCUGUUUCGAGGUUACAACAAGCUGAUCCGGCCUGUUCAAAAUAUGACACAAAAAGUAGACGUUCGUUUCGGCCUUGCCUUUGUACAACUAAUUAACGUGAAUGAAAAGAAUCAAAUCAUGAAAUCAAACGUUUGGUUGCGAUUGGUAUGGAUGGAUUACCAGCUGAUGUGGGAUGAGGCUGACUACGGAGGUAUUGGUGUACUGAGAUUACCUCCUGACAAAGUUUGGAAGCCAGACAUUGUACUCUUCAACAACGCUGAUGGCAAUUAUGAGGUGCGAUACAAAUCUAAUGUGCUUAUUUAUCCAAAUGGAGAAGUUUUAUGGGUGCCCCCGGCCAUAUAUCAGAGUUCUUGUACCAUAGAUGUAACUUACUUUCCAUUCGAUCAACAAACUUGCAUCAUGAAAUUCGGAUCAUGGACUUUUAAUGGGGACCAAGUGUCGCUCGCAUUAUACAAUAACAAAAACUUUGUCGAUCUCUCAGAUUACUGGAAAUCUGGGACUUGGGACAUCAUUGAAGUACCUGCUUAUUUAAAUAUAUACGAAGGCAACCAUCCGACUGAAACGGAUAUUACGUUUUACAUAAUAAUUAGGAGAAAAACCUUGUUUUACACCGUCAACUUGAUUCUACCGACAGUGUUAAUCUCCUUCCUCUGCGUUCUUGUAUUCUACUUACCUGCAGAAGCUGGAGAAAAGGUAACUUUAGGUAUAAGCAUUUUACUGUCACUGGUGGUGUUCCUGCUGCUAGUUUCAAAGAUACUCCCACCUACCUCGCUGGUCUUGCCACUCAUUGCCAAAUAUCUACUGUUUACAUUUAUCAUGAAUACUGUCAGUAUACUGGUGACUGUCAUCAUUAUUAACUGGAACUUCAGAGGACCUCGGACGCAUAGAAUGCCACUUUGGAUCCGAAGUGUCUUUCUACACUACUUACCGGCAGGACUUCUUAUGCGACGACCUCGGAAGACACGUCUACGUUGGAUGAUGGAAAUGCCGGGUAUGGGUGCCCCUCCACAACAGCCUCACGACUUGCCCAAGCAUAUAAGCGCCAUCGGAGCUAAACAGAGUAAAAUGGAAGCGAUGGAGCUGUCGGACUUGCAUCAUCCCAAUUGCAAAAUAAAUCGAGCAUCAGGCGGUGGCGGCGAGGUUGGUGCUCUGGGUGGUCUUGGAGCACUUGGUGGCCUGGGUCUUGGCGAGAGACGAGAAUCUGAGAGCUCUGAUUCGCUACUUUUGUCUCCUGAAGCCGCUAAAGCUACAGAAGCGGUCGAGUUUAUUGCAGAACACUUGCGUAAUGAAGAUCUCUAUAUACAGACGCGAGAAGAUUGGAAGUACGUUGCAAUGGUGAUAGACAGGCUGCAGCUUUACAUAUUUUUUAUUGUAACAACCGCAGGCACAGUUGGGAUAUUAAUGGACGCCCCGCAUAUCUUCGAAUACGUUGAUCAGGACCGCAUCAUAGAAAUAUAUAGGGGAAAAUAAGUUUAUAACACAAAUUUCAGAAAACUUAUACCUACCUUCCUAAAUUCAAAAAAAUAAAUGUUUUAAGAUCCAUAGCGAUAAUGUCAACACCAAUAGUAUUAUAGGUGAUUAGAGGUAUCUUUAUAAUACCUUUACUUACUGCAUUAGAUAUAUCUAAUUUAUUUCAACAAACUAAUAGAAUUAUAAAAUGGCUGUGUUUGAAGUUAGAAAAAGCACAUUUAGCAUCGAUCAAUAAUCUUUAUAAGUAGUCAUACCUUUGGCAUGAAACGUGUUCUGUAAGUAGGUUUAAUUAUUAACUUUGUCGCUAAAUAUAUUAUACUUAAAACUGACCCUCCUAAUACCUAAGUAAUACAAUAAAACGGUCAAUAAGUUUAAUAACACUUUCAUAAAAAUACACUUUCAACGAUAAUAAACGAUAGCCAGCCUUGCAAUUAUUUCAUUUUUCAUGUGCGACAGAACUAAACUUUAACUUAGGUAGGUGGGUACUUGUGGAGUUUAAUUUUGGUUACGGCCUACAGUCACCUCACUCAGAAUUACGCGCGAGGCUGGCGCUCAGAAAUAUCGCCAACGUAAGAAUUUGGAAGUGUAACGUACAGAAUCAGAUACAAAAUUUAGUAAAAAUAUAUUUUCGAAGAAUUUUAAAUUACUAAUACAUUUAUCACUGAAAAAGGGUUUAGUUCUCGUAUUGUUAUUAUCAGGACAAUUCAAUUUACUAUUUUGCCCACUUUUGUCAAAAUACCUAGUAAAACAUCAUCAUCUGAAAAACGUAAGCGAGAGUAUACCUACAGGUGUGACAUAGUUAGUUUGAAGAAUUAUGGCGUUAGUUUAGUCGCACUCAGGAUGUGAUUUGCACAGCGCUGCCGACGCAGGUGGGACGGCUUGUUUAGGCCCCGUCAUAUCGGCUUUCACAAAUUGUUUAAAAUGUUAUCCAAAAAAACAUCCUGUAUAAGCGCAGGACGUAGUAUCACAGCUUAUCGAAUCAUUGAUACACUUAAAAAAAUGUAACACUAGAUUUUAGUAAGUAAAUAAGA